AUGGCUAGAGAAGCUCUUUUAUUCUUUCUCCUCGUGACGCUUUGCGUCGCUCUAAUUCUUUUUUCGUACCUCAAAAACUCUCACAAUCCCCGGAAACCGCUGGCCGGCGAGGAUGUGUAUCUACAUGCCGAUGAGAAUGGCCGAAUUGUAACAGCAAGGUUAAAACGACACGACACGGACCCUGACAUCAAAUUGUCUGUUGUGGUCCCUGCGUUCAAUGAGUCGGAUCGCAUUAUAAACAUGCUGGAGGAGGCCGUUGCACACCUAGACACGAAGUUUAAGCAGACCGUCUCGGACCGGAAGCGUCGCUGGGAAAUCAUUGUUGUGAAUGACGCUAGUACGGAUCGUACCGUUGAUGCUGUGCUGGAGUACUCGCGCUCUAAGCGUUUGGGCCACUCCCUACGCGUGUGCUCGCUGCAAAAGAACCGCGGCAAGGGAGGUGCUGUUACGUGGGGCAUGAUGCAUGCCCGGGGUGAUUAUGCCAUUUUUGCUGAUGCUGAUGGUGCUUCACGUUUCUCGGAUAUCGACAUCUUGUUUGAUAAACUGGUGGACAAUGAGUAUGGAAGCAUUGCGAUCGGCUCUCGCGCCCACAUGGUGAACACAGAUGCCGUUGUCAAGCGUUCUCGUCUUCGCAAUUUCUUAAUGCACGGCUUUCACAGCAUGCUUCGACUUCUCGGCAUUAGGGACAUUGGUGAUACGCAGUGCGGCUUCAAGCUUUUCAGCCGGGAUGCCUACAGUAAGAUUUUCCCCAUGAUGCACGUUGAGGGCUGGAUUUUUGACAUAGAAGUCCUCAUUCUUGCCCGUUUUCACGGGGUCACUAUUGUCGAAGUACCAAUUACAUGGCACGAAGUCGGUGGCAGCAAGAUGAUGUUACUGAAGGACAGCAUACGUAUGGCUAUUGACCUGCUUGUCAUCCGUCUCAAUUAUACAUUUGGUAUUUGGAGACGUCCUAGAGUCAAGUAA